AUGAAGCUAAACUAUUUUAAGAAAAGUAAUGCAUUCAUUCCAAGCUUUAUUAAUCAUAAGGUGUUAGGAAAUUUAUAUAAGUUUAAUACCAACACUCAAAAAAAUAUAAUUAAGAAGAAAAAUGCCCAAGAACCGAAAGAGGUACAGCCUGAAAGGGAUUACAUUGAUAUAGGAAAUGUGGAAUAUAAAUAUUGUCCCUACUUGAAGCCUUUAGACAUAAAAGGCAUUAAAAGGGCUGAUAGAAAAUUUGACUAUAAUAGUAGCUACGCUUUUAUGGUUGCACAGAAUGAUUAUAAAGAAAAUUUAAAGGAGAAAAAUUUGCUCACAAAAUAUUUAUACAAUGGAAUGAAAGUACCAUUGCCUCCCAAAAGAUAUAAAAUAUCGGAAUAUGUGGACAUUAGGCUAGACAUGUUUUCUCCUGUUAUUAUUUGGUGUGUUAUAUGUUUUCCAUUCUUUUUUACAGGAUAUAUGUGGUCAAUACCGUAA